GCACCAACCCCGGAGAGCGAGAUCAAAGGGAUUUGAAACAGACUGAGGACUGGCGGGGGGAGGGGGACAACCAGCCUGUGGAAUCCUCCAGGAGAAGCGGAGGGUCCGGCUGCUACCGAGACUCCAGUGGCCACCGUGACUCUGGCGGCCUGGUUGGGUUUUCAUUAUUAUUUUCAAAUUUCUGAAUCCAGCUUGAGCGAGUGAGCGAGAGACCGCCGUACACUGCGACUCGCUGGCUCUCGCUCGGAGAUGAUGCAGAGCGCAGCUGUCCCCGCGGAGGGGGCUGUCAAGGGGCUCCCGGAGAUGCUUGGUGUUCCGAUGCAACAGAUCCCCCAGUGUGCUGGCUGCAACCAGCACAUCCUGGACAAGUUUAUCCUGAAGGUCCUGGACAGACACUGGCACAGCUCCUGCCUCAAGUGUGCAGACUGCCAGAUGCAGCUGGCCGACAGGUGCUUCUCCAGGGCUGGGAGCGUCUACUGCAAGGAGGACUUCUUCAAGCGCUUCGGCACAAAAUGCACGGCCUGCCAGCAGGGCAUCCCCCCGACCCAGGUGGUCCGCAAGGCCCAGGACUUCGUCUACCACUUGCACUGCUUUGCCUGCAUCAUCUGUAACCGGCAGCUGGCCACAGGGGACGAGUUCUACCUCAUGGAGGACGGGCGGCUGGUGUGCAAGGAGGACUACGAGACAGCCAAGCAGAACGAUGACUCAGAGGCUGGAGCCAAGCGGCCCCGGACUACCAUCACAGCGAAGCAGCUGGAGACGCUGAAGAAUGCCUACAAGAACUCCCCCAAGCCUGCCCGGCAUGUGAGGGAGCAGCUGUCCUCGGAGACAGGCCUGGACAUGAGGGUCGUGCAGGUUUGGUUUCAGAACAGAAGGGCCAAGGAGAAGAGACUGAAGAAGGAUGCAGGGCGGCAUCGCUGGGGGCAGUUCUAUAAAAGCGUCAAGAGGAGCCGGGGAGGCAGCAAGCAGGAGAAGGAGAGCUCUGCAGAGGACUGUGGGGUUAGUGACAGUGAGCUGAGCUUCCGAGAGGAUCAAAUUCUCUCAGAACUUGGCCACACCAAUAGGAUUUAUGGCAACGUGGGGGACGUUACAGGUGGACAGUUAAUGAAUGGGAGCUUCUCCAUGGACGGGACAGGACAAUCCUAUCAGGACUUGAGGGAUGGGAGCCCCUAUGGAAUCCCCCAGUCUCCAUCCUCCAUCUCGUCCCUGCCAUCCCACGCUCCUUUGCUCAACGGGCUGGAUUACACGGUGGACAGUAAUUUGGGCAUCGUUGCUCACGCGGGGCAGGGAGUCAGCCAGACUCUGAGAGCCAUGGCUGGGGGCCCCACCUCUGACAUCUCCACAGGAAGCAGUGUAGGCUACCCCGACUUCCCAACAAGCCCAGCCUCCUGGCUCGAUGAAAUGGAUCAUCCUCCUUUUUAAAGCUCACUGCUCCCCACCUUAACCCUUCUUCUGGCUUGAGAAUAUACCUUGAUGGAUCAAAAGAGACUUGCCUUUUAAGGAUCAAAGUGCGCCAGCGUGAAUUUCCAUUAUUUUCAAUGGAAGUCCUCCCACAGCGGUCUGAGACCACAUGGGGCUGUUUUCCUGGGGAAGUGGGGGAGAGCAGCCUCCUUCAGGAACACAGCACAGGGGCUCAGAGCCCGGAGCUAGGCUGCUGGCUUAAAGACUGCCUCCCCCGCCCCCACCCUGCUUACAGUCUUUGGCGGCCCAGAGCUCCAGAGCUCGGGUAGGAGGUGACUUUGUCUCGCCCUCCAGGCCUCUGGGAACUCUGCUCUGAGCAUAUGGACCAGCGCUCUCACCAGGCCCCAGGGCCCCAGGCAAAGGCUUCUCGGGCCUUGAGUAUGAUACAAGUGAGUUCCAGAC